GCUGUGGCUGGUGGGCGUGGCCUGCCUGGCGCCGAGGGCAGGUGGCUCAGCCAGUUCUGCCUCUGAUGCCUCAUUCCAGCCAUCCCUCUGCCUGCAAUGAGAGCUUCCCGCCGCCUCAGCCACAGUCCCACCCGGGGGCCUUGGGCCCCAGACAUGCGGUGAUCUCAGGGCAAGGGUUGCCACGACCACCCAGAACCUCACCAGCCAUGAAAGCCCACCCCAAGGAGAUGGUGCCUCUCAUGGGCAAGAGAGUUGCUGCCCCCAGUGGGAACCCUGCCGUCCUGCCAGAGAAGAGGCCGGCGGAGAUCACCCCCACAAAGAAGAGUGCACACUUCUUCCUGGAGAUAGAAGGGUUUGAGCCCAACCCCACAGUUGCCAAGACCUCUCCUCCUGUCUUCUCCAAGCCCAUGGAUUCCAACAUCCGGCAGUGCAUCUCUGGUAACUGUGAUGACAUGGACUCCCCCCAGUCUCCUCAGGAUGAUGUGACAGAGACCCCAUCCAAUCCCAACAGCCCCAGUGCACACCUGGCCAAGGAAGAGCAGAGGAGGAAAAAGAGGCGGCUGAAGAAGCGCAUCUUUGCAGCCGUGUCUGAGGGCUGCGUGGAGGAGUUGGUAGAGUUGCUGGUGGAGCUGCAGGAGCUUUGCAGGCGGCGCCAUGAUGAGGAUGUGCCUGACUUCCUCAUGCACAAGCUGACGGCCUCCGACACGGGGAAGACCUGCCUGAUGAAGGCCUUGUUAAACAUCAACCCCAACACCAAGGAGAUCGUGCGGAUCCUGCUUGCCUUUGCUGAAGAGAACAACAUCCUGGGCAGGUUCAUCAAUGCCGAGUACACAGAGGAGGCCUAUGAAGGGCAGACGGCGCUGAACAUCGCCAUCGAGCGGCGGCAGGGGGACAUCGCAGCCGUGCUCAUCGCCGCCGGCGCCGACGUCAACGCGCACGCCAAGGGGGCCUUCUUCAACCCCAAGUACCAACACGAAGGCUUCUACUUCGGUGAGACGCCCCUGGCCCUGGCAGCAUGCACCAACCAGCCCGAGAUUGUGCAGCUGCUGAUGGAGCACGAGCAGACGGACAUCACCUCGCAGGACUCACGAGGCAACAACAUCCUUCACGCCCUGGUGACCGUGGCCGAGGACUUCAAGACACAGAACGACUUUGUGAAGCGCAUGUACGACAUGAUCCUACUGCGGAGUGGCAACUGGGAGCUGGAGACCACUCGCAACAACGAUGGCCUCACGCCGCUGCAGCUGGCCGCCAAGAUGGGCAAGGCGGAGAUCCUGAAGUACAUCCUCAGUCGUGAGAUCAAGGAGAAGCGGCUCCGGAGCCUGUCCAGGAAGUUCACCGACUGGGCGUACGGACCCGUGUCGUCCUCCCUCUAUGACCUCACCAACGUGGACACCACCACGGACAACUCAGUGCUGGAAAUCACUGUCUACAACACCAACAUCGACAACCGGCACGAGAUGCUGACCCUGGAGCCGCUGCACACGCUGCUGCAUAUGAAGUGGAAGAAGUUUGCCAAGCACAUGUUCUUUCUGUCCUUCUGCUUUUAUUUCUUCUACAACAUCACCCUGACCCUCGUCUCGUACUACCGCCCCCGGGAGGAGGAGGCCGUCCCGCACCCCUUGGCCCUGACCCACAAGAUGGGGUGGCUGCAGCUCCUAGGGAGGAUGUUUGUGCUCAUCUGGGCCAUGUGCAUCUCUGUAAAAGAGGGCAUUGCCAUCUUCCUGCUGAGACCCUCGGAUCUGCAGUCCAUCCUCUCAGAUGCCUGGUUCCACUUUGUCUUUUUUGUCCAAGCUGUGCUUGUGAUACUGUCUGUCUUCUUGUACUUGUUUGCCUACAAAGAGUACCUCGCCUGCCUCGUGCUGGCCAUGGCCCUGGGCUGGGCGAACAUGCUCUACUAUACGCGGGGUUUCCAGUCCAUGGGCAUGUACAGCGUCAUGAUCCAGAAGGUCAUUUUGCAUGAUGUUCUGAAGUUCUUGUUCGUAUAUAUCGUGUUUUUGCUUGGAUUUGGAGUAGCCUUGGCCUCGCUGAUCGAGAAGUGUCCCAAAGACAACAAGGACUGCAGCUCCUACGGCAGUUUCAGCGACGCAGUGCUGGAACUCUUCAAGCUCACCAUAGGCCUGGGUGACCUGAACAUCCAGCAGAACUCCAAGUAUCCCAUUCUCUUUCUGUUCCUGCUCAUCACCUAUGUCAUCCUCACCUUUGUCCUGCUCCUCAACAUGCUCAUUGCUCUGAUGGGCGAGACUGUGGAGAACGUCUCCAAGGAGAGCGAACGCAUCUGGCGCCUGCAGAGAGCCAGGACCAUCUUGGAGUUUGAGAAAAUGUUACCAGAAUGGCUGAGGAGCAGAUUCCGGAUGGGAGAGCUGUGCAAAGUGGCCGAGGAUGAUUUCCGACUGUGUUUGCGGAUCAAUGAGGUGAAGUGGACUGAAUGGAAGACGCACGUCUCCUUCCUUAACGAAGACCCGGGGCCUGUAAGACGAACAGCAGAUUUCAACAAAAUCCAAGAUUCUUCCAGGAACAACAGCAAAACCACUCUCAAUGCAUUUGAAGAAAUAGAGGAAUUCCCGGAAACGUCGGUGUAGAAGCGGAACCCAGAGCUGGUGUGCGCGUGCGCUGUCU